AUGUCUGCGAAAUUAAACGAAGCUCAAGAACACUAUAGAACAGCGGAAAAAUUUUUGAAGACAUCUUUGCUACGCUGGAAGCCUGAUUAUGACUCUGCAGCUGAUGAAUAUAGUCAGGCAGCACAAUGUUUCCGCAUAGCCCGCGACUUGAAAAGUUCCAAAGAAUGCCACCUAAAGGCAUCGGAGAUGUACAAGAAGAAUCGUUCUUUCUUCCAUGCAGGGAAAGCUCUUGAAAAUGCUAUCAUUGUUAGCAAAGAGUUAUCCACUCCUGAUGAGAUUUACACAUUGGCAUGUGAAUCAAGCAGUCUUUAUCAGCAACAUGGCUCAGGUGAUUCGGGGGCUAAUGUGUUAGACAAAGCUGCGAAGAUUUUGGAAGAAAACUCGCCUGAAAAAGCUGUUAAAUUAUAUCAACAGGCAGCUGAUGUAUCAUCAACUGAAAGUAGUCAACACCAGGGAUCGGAAUAUAUCAGCAAAGCUUCAAGGAUAUUAGUCAAACUCCAAAGAUAUGAUGAAGCUGUGGACAGCCUUCGGCGAGAGAUAGGUCUCCACCAGGAAGCUGGCAACAUUGGAGCAGUGGGUAGACUCACGGUAGCCAUUGUAUUAGUACAAUUGGCAAGAGGAGAUGCUGUUGCUGCUGAAAAAGCAUAUAAAGAGUGGGGCAAUAACUGUGAAGCACCAGAAAUGCAAACUAUUGAGCAGCUGCUGCAAGCUUAUGAUGAAGAAGAUAGGGAUUCUGCUAAAAGAGCACUCGCUUCGCCCUUUAUACGUAGUAUGGAUGUGGAAUAUGCCCGUCUAGCUGCUUCGAUACCAUUACCAGAAGGUAUAGAACCGCUACCAAAGGCUGCCGUAAGGGAGAAUGCAGCACCAUCAUAUGUCAGCCCGAAUGCUGCUAAUAUGGAGGAUCAACAGGAGGACAACAAAAUGGAUUGUAAAGAAGAUGAAAAGAAGACUGACGACGAAGAUGGUUUAUGUUAA